AUGACAUCGUUGUCGUCAAAGAACAUAUGGAUACAGCGGCAGCAAUGCCCGUGUGGGGAUUGGAAAUGCUUUGUUACGUGCGAAGGCGAUAAUGAAGAGGCCGCGGUUGCCUUGCAGUUGGCGAAAGCGAAAGCGGCGGCGGCCGAGGCUAUGGUGGUCCCGUAUGUGGGGAUGGUGUUCAAGAGCGACGAUGACGCAUUCGAGUAUUACGGCAACUUCGCGAGGAAGAAUGGUUUCUCCGUUAGGAAAGAGCGCUCGAGAUUGAGCCCUCAGUUGGGUAUUUACAAGCGCGACUUUGUUUGUUAUCGGUCCGGGUUCGCGCCUGUCAGGAAGAAACCUAGUGGGGAGCACCAUAGGGAUCGGAAAUCCGUCCGGUGCGGCUGCGAUGCGAAGAUGUACUUGUCGAAGGAGGUUGUGGACGGCGUUUCGCAGUGGUUUGUUGUGCAAUUCAGUAAUGUUCACAAUCAUGAGCUGCUGGAAGACGACCAGGUUCGUCUCUUGCCUGCUUACAGAAAGAUUCAUGAAGCUGAUCAAGAGCGGAUACUUUUGCUAUCGAAAGCUGGGUUUCCGAUUCAUCGCAUAGUGAAGGUCUUGGAAUUAGAAAAGGGGAUUCAAGGUGGACAACUGCCAUUCUUGGAGAGGGAUGUUAGGAACUUUGUUCAGAACAGGAAGAAAGUUGUUCAAGAAAAUGAUGCUUUGCUCAAUGAGAAGAGAGAAAACGAUAUAAUGGAACUUCUUGAGGCCUGCAAGGCCUCGAAGGAGGCAGAUGAAGGCUUUAGUUAUGAUUAUAGCGUGGAUGAAAAUGACAAACUUGAGCACAUCGCUUGGUCAUACGGAGAAUCAGUUAGUGCGUAUACCAUGUUCGGUGAUGUGGUGCAUUUUGACACGUCAUACCGAUCAAUCACUUACGGACGAGGCACCACGAUCAUUUGCCUGGGCUUUACAGGUUUAUCUCUCUGUCCCUCUAGAUAG